UCCGGGGAGGGGGCCCCACGAUGCCCAAAGUCUUCCUGGUGAAGAGGAGGAGCCCGGGGGUCUCGGUCCGCAGCUGGGAUGAGCUCCCGGACGAGGAGAGGGCAGACACCUACAUCCCAGUGGGCCUGGGCCGUCUGCUCCACGACCCCCCCGAGGACUGCCGCAGCGACGGCGGCAGCAGCAGCGGCGGCGGCAGCAACAGCGCGGGGGAGCCCGGAGGCGCGGAGAGCAGCUCGUCCCCGCGCGCCCCCGAGCCCGGCGAUGGCGAGGUCCCCGGUGGACACCUGGCGGCGAAGCAGCGCCCGGUCGCCAGGUCGAAAAUCAAGUUCACCACAGGCACCUGCGGCGACGACGCGGCGAUUCACACCUGCGACCUGUGCGGCAAGGCCUUCCGCCUGCAGCGCAUGCUCAACCGGCACCUCAAGUGCCACAGCCAGGUGAAGAGGCACCUGUGCAGCUUCUGCGGCAAGGGCUUCAACGACACCUUCGACCUCAAGAGGCACGUGCGCACGCACACAGGCAUUCGCCCCUACAAAUGCGACGUCUGCCACAAAGCCUUCACCCAGCGCUGCUCCUUGGAGUCCCACCUGAAGAAGAUUCAUGGGGUGCAGCAGCAGUAUGCCUACAAGCAGCGCCGGGACAAGCUGUACGUCUGUGAAGACUGUGGCUACACGGGCCCCACCCAGGAGGACCUGUACCUGCAUGUGAAUGGUGCCCACCCGGGCAGCGCGUUCCUCAAAAAGACAUCCAAGAAACUGGCAGCCCUCUUGCAAAACAAGCUGACAUCCACGCUCCAGGGCAAUGCCAACCUGAGCGAGGAGGAGGAGAAGUAGGAGAGGGCGUGAAUGCCAACGCUGCCGCGUGUCCACAGAUUCCCGGUCUUGAGGGCCCCCUGACCCACGGACUCUUUCUGAGUCCAAGUGUUCCGUCCAUCUCUCUGUCCUCUGGGGGCCUCAAUGGGGGGCUCUGUUCCAAGGCUGUCAGUGAUAACAGUGGCUUCAGGCCCCCCGUAACCUGUAUCCUCAGGAACACUGUCACAUGAAUGAAAGCUUGUGGAUGGCUAUGAUCACCGUCUGGGGUUUGGGGUUUUUUUUUUUUUUUUUUAGGAUUUUCACACAUGGAGGCAGGGGUGUUCUUAAGAGAGACACCCCUUG